AUGGCGGCGGGGCGGGCGCGGACGGUGCUGCUGACCGGAUCCAACCGCGGCAUCGGGCUGGAGCUGGAGCUGAGAGAUCUGGCAUCCAAACACCCAAACCUGGUUCUUGUGAAGCUGGACGUUGCAAAUCCCUCUAUGAUUACUGAUGCAGCGAAGAUUGUGGAGGGGAAGCUGAACGGCAUGGGCUUGAACCUGCUAAUAAACAACGCUGGCAUCUACACCCCGUCAUCGUCGCUGGAGACAGUAGACACUGAAGACAUGAUAAAGACAUACAAGACCAAUGCGGUGGGGCCAAUGCUGAUGGCCCAGGCGUUCCUGCCUCUGUUGAAGAAGGCUGCCCAGGAGAGCAUAGAAAAGGGACUGAGUUGCAGCAAGGCAGCCAUCAUCAACAUCUCCACCAUCAUGGGGUCCAUCGAGAAAACUCCUGAGUCCUUCUUCAAGCCUGUCGUCUCCUACCGCUGCAGCAAGGCUGCCCUCAACAUGCUUACCAAGUGCCAGGCUCUGACCUACAGGGAAGCCGGGAUCCUCUGCGUGGCACUUCACCCUGGCUGGGUGAAAACUGACAUGGGCAGCCAGGAGGCUGACCUGACGGUGGACACGAGUGUGCGGGGGCUGCUGUCUGUACUGCCGAUCCUCUCCGAGAAACACAGUGGGGCUCUGCUCAACUGGGAAGGUAAAGCUAUUCCUUGGUGACCACUCUCUGUCCCUGCGACGGACCCUACAGUGCCAGGGGACUCUCCCUGGAUCACCAGGAUGCUCA